AUGCCUGUCAUUGUUUCCAGCCAGUCAUUAUCCCAGGAAAAUUUUGACAACGUAUCUGAUCGUCCAUCUUCAGUCACAGUGUCAAACUUGUCAGCCGAAGUUGCAGUGAAUUCCUCGUCGUGUGAUGAAGCUACGAGCAAGACCACUGAUGACGUUUCAGGAAUGGUCACCUAUGCCAGUGCCAAAUCCAUAAUGGGACCAAGUACUCUGAGCUGCCAAUACUGUCCUUUUGUGGCAAAGCACCGGAGUGUACUGGCGCUUCACCUGCGAAUACACUCGAACGAGCGGCCAUACAAGUGUGAUGUGUGCGGCCUGACGUUCAAGCGGAAAGAUCACAUUAAGUACCAUCGGCGCAUUCAUACGGGUAUGCCCUUCAUUGUGUCCUGCCAAUCAUUAUCCAAGGAAAUUGUCGGCGACUUACCUAGCAGCCCAUCUUCAGCCGCAGUUUCAAGCUUCCCAGCCAGAGUGGAUGAAGCGAAGGCCUCCUCGUGUGAGGAAGCUACGAGUGAUACCACCGAUGACAUUUCAGGAGCGGUCACCUAUGCUAGUGCUGAAUUCCUAACGGUAGCAAAUACUCUCAGGUGCCAGUACUGUCCUUACGUGGCCAAGUACCCGAGUGCCCUCGCAGUUCACCUCCAAACCCACUCGAACGAGCGGCCAUACAAGUGCGACGUGUGCGGCCAGGCGUUCAAAUUGAAAAAGUACGUUGAGAACCACAAGCGCAUUCAUACUGAGCAGGUGUCCAUGGGCAUUUUCUGGAAAAUUGGGUCACUAUAUUUCACUGUGACCAGUUUCUACAUCAUAGACACCUCAACUCAAGGUGCAUGA